UAUUAGUUAAUUCGAUUGAAGAGGAACAACUGCGCAGCGCUGCGUUUCCAGCCGGAUGACUAUAGCAGAGGGGGGCUGUACUACAGUCUGUCUGCCAUGUGGACGCUGCUGCUGCUGGCGCAACACUACCAGCCGCAUACACCGAGAGCAGAGCAGAGAGAGAGGAGGACGGUGAGCAGGAGGGAGGCGGUGCUGCACGGACAACUGCGUCCCAUUCCUAAAGCAAACACCUUUAUAUACACCAACGCAGACUUCUUAUCGCUCUGACAUUCACUUGAUCACAGCUUUUUCAUUCACGACGGAGGGGAGCUGCGCAAGCAUUAGGCUAAAGCCUCCAGGCCUACAAGAAUGGACUCCAUACCUGCGGGGCGAGACUCCAGCUCCUCGCCAAGUUCCAAACAAGAGCUUUCCUACCCGAGCACCAACAACCUGAAGCCCAACCAGGUCGGAGAGACGGUGCUGUACGGAAUACCCAUCGUGUCUUUGGUGAUAGAUGGUCAGGAGAGACUUUGCCUUGCACAGAUAUCUAAUACCCUGUUGAAGAAUUACAGUUAUAACGAGAUACACAACCGGCGUGUGGCUCUGGGGAUCACCUGCGUCCAGUGCACCCCUGUCCAGCUGGAAAUCCUGCGGAGAGCAGGGGCGAUGCCUAUCUCCUCCAGGCGCUGCGGGAUGAUCACUAAGCGAGAGGCCGAGAGACUUUGUAAGUCAUUUCUCGGAGCUCAUGCGCCUCCCAAACUUCCAGAAAAUUUUGCCUUUGAUGUGUCCCACGAGUGUGCCUGGGGGAGUCGAGGCAGCUUCAUCCCUGCCCGAUACAACAGCUCCAGGGCCAAGUGCAUCAAGUGCUCCUAUUGCAAUAUGUAUUUUUCCCCAAAUAAAUUCAUAUUUCACUCGCAUCGCACGCCGGAGUCUAAGUACACGCAGCCAGAUGCAGCAAAUUUUAAUUCUUGGAGGCGGCAUCUCAAAUUAACAGAUAAAAGCAGCCAGACUGAGGUUUUACACGCUUGGGAAGAUGUGAAGGCCAUGUUCAACGGGGGCAGUCGUAAGAGGACGCUGCCAGGCAGUGGGUCGGAUUCCAGCUCUCCCUUAAAAUCACAAGGACCCAACCGUCCCCGAGAGUCGCCCGAAAUACCUGCAAAAAUGCUCAGCUGCGAGGACAACCGGGGCGGCAUGACAAGCGCACGCAACUACCCAGUUAUCCCGGUUCCCAGUAAGAGCUUUGGGAUGCUGCAAAAGAUCCCACCGCCGCUCCCGAAGGAAGACAGUUUGAUGGGAGAGCAGAGCAAAGCGGGCCUCCCAGGUGUCCUGUGGCCUGGUACCAAGGACAGCGCCUAUCACUCCUUCCCUAUGUUCUGGCCCGCGGCGGGCGCGCUGCCCAUGCCCCCGUACCCCCAAACCCAACACAAACCCCCACCAGAGCUGCUGUGUCCACAAAGACACACUGACAUGGACAUAUCUGAGCACAGUGACCGGAGCACCAACACCUCAAAAGACAGCAUGGCUGAAAACGACCGGUGCUCCAGCACGCAGUCCGCGCGUAACGAAGACGAUAAGUCAGGGGAUGAGGCGAGACCGCUGGAGGGGAUGACCCUUGCGCAUCGGAAAAUCAGCUACGUCUCUGCGUUCAGACCUGUUAUUAAAGACGCUGACUGUAUCGCCAAGCUGUACGGAAACAGGGGCACUUAUAACGGGUGUCGCACCGGCUAUUUAUCACCCGAUUUUUUAAGUGAGAGCUCAAGCUACCGUUCAGUGUCCCCCUGUGUAGACAGUGAGGCCGAGCCGGAUGUGGAUGUGGAGACAAAUAAAACACCAGAGGAGGAGGACUCCCGGCCUCUGUCCUCGGUGUGUCCUCGGACUCCCCCAGGGUUGGAACACACGGUUUCACCAAACGAUUCAGAUUCCAAGGGCAUGCAGGAGAGCAGUCUGGUUGAUUCCCCAAAACUGACCCUACAUGUGGCCCAGUCCUCUGAAAGAGAACUGCAGAGCAAGCAGUUAUCCCACAUAUCUGCAUCUUUUACUGAAGUUUACACACCGGAGAGGAGUGAUCUGCAACAAAGGAGCAGUCCGUAUCAGUUCAGACCUGCGCAUUACCAGACUGGAGUACUUACACCAAAUGAUGAGAGUGCGAGUAAAGAAGAGCCGUCUUCCACAGUGGAGGAGAUCGAAACGAAAUCUUUUAAUGAACAAAGCAGUGAGGAAAACCAGCGAGGGCGGGAGGAUGGCGAGGACGCGCCAGCCAGAGUUCUGCCAACACAAAGGGAAAUACAAAGUCUGGCAAAAGAGGAACUACAGAAGCAGCUGUUAGAGCAAGUUGAGCUGAGGAAAAAGCUGGAACGUGAAUUUCAAAACUUGAAAGGUGUACAUUCAGAACAUCAGGAUGUUCAUAUGUAUCUAUAUGACACUAAACUCCAAAGUGGUGCUGUAAAGAUCUUAAUAUGAAACUGUAUCCAUGCCGAGAGGAAGCUUCUGUUUAUUUUGAGUGUGUCCUGUGAAUCUCAGGACAAAACACCACUCACAGUCUGACUGUUUAAGCUCUUUGAGAAUCUCAUAUUAAAAAUGAAGAAAGGAUGCAGAGCUCAGAACUGUUGUACAGUACUCUGUGAAAAAAAAAUUGGAUAUGCCAGUGAUUUCUCAUCAGUACAUUUUCAUUUAAUUGUACAAAAUCUCAGAUCUCCAAAAUGGGAAAAGCAAGGGACUCUGU